AUGACGGACACAGUUACCCUAAAUCUUGGUGUACAAUUGUACACUACAUCGCUGUCCACACUGCAGCAUUAUCCAGACUCUAUGUUGGGUGCCAUGUUCCGUGGCGAUUUUCCCACCACACGAGAUCGUGGACACUAUUUCAUAGAUCGGGAUGGUCCUCUAUUCUGUUAUGUCUUGAACUUCUUACGAACCUCAAAACUGAUGCUACCAUGUGACUUCAAAGAGACGGAGCUCCUCAGGAUGGAAGCCAACUUCUACCAGAUAGAACCCUUGAUCCAGUGUUUAAGCGACAUCAAACCCCUUUAUCCUCUGGACACUUUUGGCCAAGUGGUAGAACUUUCGAGUACUCACAAACUCUCCAAGUACUCAAAUCCAGUGGCUGUCAUUAUCACCCCACACACCGUCACCACCAAAGUACACUCGUUGCUUGAAGGCAUCUCCAAAAACUUCACCAGAUGGAAUAAACACAUGAUGGAUACCAGAGACUUUCAAGUGUCAUUUACCUUUGGACCAUGCGACCACCAUCAGGAGGUGUCUCUUAGGGUGCAUUUGGUGGAGUACAUCUCCAAGCAAGGUUUCCCAAUUCGAAACACGUAGAUACACCAUAUGAGUGAACGCACUAAUGAGAAUAUGGUGGAGCACCAUUGGACUCUCUGUAGAGUCACUCAGAAGGUUGAGGACUGA